AUGUCGAAUUUUAUUACAAAAUAUUUACUUAAUGAAAACAAAAAUAAUCCAAAAAAUAACACUACAAGAAUUUAUACUCAUAAUAAUGAUAUAACUACGAAGAAAGAAGAUUAUCAAAUUGCAAUUUGUCAGGAUGGAAAAUAUGCUGUUACAUUUGAUAAUGCAAACUUUCGAAUUAGAAUAGUAGAAAAUACUGAUCAUCGUCCAUUCAAGAAGGUUGAUAUUCCUCAACAAAUUCCUGUCCAUCAGAAUAAUUCUAAUUCUGAUGAGAUUAAUAAAACAAUAGCACAUUUUAAAAUAGAUGAUGAUCUUGCUAUUGAUAGGUUUUAUAGUAAUGACUUUGUUCCCCCUUUAUUUGAAAAUGAUGAUCCCUUAAGUAAUAAUAAAUCAGCUGAUGGUUCCAAAUUUGGUUGGUCUAUUGGUAUAUCUAAUGUACAAAAGCAAGAUGACGUUGAUAUUAUUCUUGUCGCUGUAUCUCGUAUAGAUAUUGACGAGGACAUGAAACAAUUAAAGAAUGAUGAAGAUAAUAAACAUGAUUAUAAAAAAGGUAAUCUUGAUACUAAAAAAUAUAUAAAAUCAAACAAACCACCAAUUAAUAACAGACGAGCUAAAGAAUUGAAGAUUGGAGUUGAAAAAAAAAAAGGAACGGCCAUUUAUCGUCUUAUACUAAAAGAUAAAAAAGAGUUAAAUUUAGAAGAUGAUAUUGUAUUUUCUUAUCGUUCUUAUAAAGUUUCAGGAAUAUGUAGCUUUAUAGAAACCGAUUCGGACGCUUUAUCUAAAUCUGAAAACGGCGUUGAUCAAUUUAAUAGUUUAAAAAGAUUUAUAGUAUUGAAUUUUAGAGGGAUAUAUAACUUUGGAUUUAGUGAUAGCUUUGAUUCUUUUAAUUUGACCGAAAUGUUUGAUUAUCCAACAAUAAUUAGACGUGAAUUUGAUAAUUGGCAUUCAUAUGAUGGUUGCAUGAAACGACUUUUAUCUUGUAUUUAUAGAAAAUACUUCCUCGCUACACAAUAUAAAAAUGAUGCACAAUCACUUGAAGUAUAUGAUCUAACAAAAAUGAGAUUGGAAACUACUGCAAAAAGAGUAGAAGAUAAAAAUAAAUUCGUAAAGCAGUACAAUUUUGAUACCUUUGCAGUUAGUAGAUUACAACUUUGUUUUACUAGAGGAAUUAGAUAUAUUAGGUUAUUUUAUAUGGAAAAUGGUUUACAAGUCGCAUCAAGAAAUUUUAAUGAAAUAGAGAUAAUUUAUUCAUUAGAAUUUAUUGAUAAUGACGAAAAACUGCUUAUUAUAGGUAAAGGUCAAGAAGAAGGACUGAAAUUUGUAAUUUGGGAUUUAUAUGAUACCGGAAAAGUCGAAUCAACAAUGUUACCUAGUGUAAAGAAUCUUGACACUUGUUUAGCUAGAACUUCAGGAAAUAUUUUACAAGUUGAUGAUGAAGGAAAAGUUAAAUCAGUUCUUAAAAGAAUUGAGAAUGAAUUGGAACAAAGAAAUAAAAAAAAUCUUGAGGAAUUAGGAAUAAUUAUAGAACCACUUUUAGAAAAAUUUAAAGGUACAAAAUUAAAUGGAGAUCCGGAUGAAAGUCAUACUGUUCACUUUGAUCAAAAUAUAAUUUCAAAUUUCAAACCAAUAGUUAUUGAAAAAGAACCAUGGGUUUUGGGUGAUUAUGAAAGAAAUUCUUAUUGCCUGUAUCAUAAUAAACAAGGAACAAAGACAGAAAUUUUACAAAUUAUUGUUUGCAGAUCAACUGUUCAAAUUUGGCAUCAAGUCCAAGACGAUAGUAAAAAUAAAGAUGACCUUCCUAACAAAGGAGAACCAUUUCUUGAAUAUAUUUGGACAAAUCGUAUUCCAGUAAAUCAAGAAAGAGAAAAAACAAGAUUACGAAUUGAAAAAUUUGAAUUUGGGCUUAAUGAUGGAUUACAUGACAAAUUAAAUGAUUUUCUUUUAAAAGUUUAUUGGUAUGAAAGAAAAGAUGAUGAGGAGAAUACAAAAAAGAAAGGACACGCAAAAAAGGAAGAGCGUGACAUAAUAAAGGAAGAAAAUGAUGAAAUAGAUAAAAUAGAACAAAAAAUAAUUGAGAUAAAUGAAAACAAUGAAAUAGAUGAUAUUGAAAAAGGGAAAAGAAAAGAAGAGAUAAUAAAUAAUAGCGUAAAGGUAAAAAGAUGGGAAAAAAAAAUUAUGCGAAAAGAUAUUAUCGAAAAUUUUCGUGCGGUAAGGCAUGCUUGUAAAGCAUUAGAACAUCUUAAUAAGCGUUAUAAAAAUAAAAAUCUUGCAGACAAUUAUAAUAGAGUACAUAAAUAUGAGGAGAUUGAUUCUUACAUCAGACAUAUAAUCUGGAGGUUUGUUAAGCAUAAACCAAAAGAUUUUAUGCUGUUAGAUUUUAGAUAUAAUUUCAUAAAAAGUUUAAUUCUCGGUGAUAUUUUAAAGGACGAUGACCUUGACCUUGAUCGAUUUAAUAGUAAAGAUAACAAAUUAGAAGAUAAUGAAGAAAUCAAACCAGGAAAUAAUAUGGAAUUGGCAAUUUAUCAUUGCAAGGGUCGUGAACUUAAAGAUACAAUUAUCGUUGCUUAUUUUUUGGAGUAUUAUUCUAAAAAUGCAACGGAUUGUGCGGGUUGGAUGAAUACUAUUUCUAGGGCAAUUCCAUUAUUAUUUAAAUAUAAUUAUGAUGAUUACGCUAGAAAAUUAUUUAAUAAAGAAUGUUUUGCGGACCAAAACCACUUCUCAGCACAAGAUCCUGAUGAAAUUAUUCCCAUGGAAUAUUUAGAAAGACGUAAUCAUAAUAUCAAAUUUAGAGCGUUCAGGCCUAUGGUUAAACUAAAAUCUGAUAAAUAUGAGUGGUACGAUCGGAUUUUAAAUUUAUUCAAUUUGUCAUUUAAGCAUAAAAUAUAUAAAUACUUUGAAGACUUUGACAAUGAUCUCGGGAAAUCACCGUUAGCCUUGCGAGUUGUUCCUCUUCCAGCUUUUACUAUAAACGAUAUUACAAAGAAAAAAAUAGCAAAUUACGAUUUUAAAAAAAUUAUUUUAAACAUCUUGUGGAUAAUAUUUAUACCAAGAACAUACAAAAUCAGUAGAAAUGAGAGGAAUAAGUUGAGCCCUUUUUCUAGGAUGAUUCUAUAUGAGGACAAUGACAUUAUAUAUGAUAAUCCAGCAACUGAAGCAGUCAUUAAUUUUCGUUGGCAAGAAGCAAACUGGGCAUAUUUGAAUCAUAGUACUAUUAUAAAUGAAAAAUUUUUAAUGACAUUAAUUAUUAUAUUCUAUUACUUGGCAUUUUAUCAACUUGUAACUGAAUUGUUACAGUUUCAUUAUCGUGGACCUAAAAAAUAUUUUAAUGAAAUAUUUAACAGUUUUGAUAUGAUUUCCAUUGUACUAUCAGUAACGGUAAUGACAAAAUUGCUUAAAAAUUUUCAAAUUUCUGAUGGUUUUGGAAGUGUUGUAGAAUCUGAUACUGGAUUAAUUACGGGAAUAUCUUUCUCUAUUUUCAUACUUUGGAUCGAACUGGUAGAUUUUAUACCUUCGAUUAAUAUCAAGUUUAUUUUACUUAGAGAUACUAAGAAUAUUAAAAUAAAAGAAACGACGUACAUCGGUAGUGCCGCAGAUGUUGUUACAAAUACAACAUUUAAUAUCGAACUUGAAACUGUUUAUGAUCCUAAAUCGAAAGAAGAUAAUCCUUUUUCAUUCUUUCCAACAGCAAUAGAAGCUGCAUAUUUUUGGAUAGGUGGUAAUUUGAAUCAAAGAGAUACAUUUGAUUUUUGGCCUGUUGAUUUAGUUAGUUUGAUCGCUAGUAUUUUUCUUGUAAUAAUUUUACAAAAUAUGUUGAUCGCUUUUAUGGGUGGAGUAUAUGAAAUAGCACAAACUAAAGGUAGACAAACAUUAUUAAGACAUCGAGCAAAUCAUAUAGCAGAUUAUGAAGCGUUACAUCAUAUUCAUUUUCGUAAUCAUGAACCUGAACCAAAACAUAUUUAUUAUUUUGGACAAUCUAAAACAUUAGAAGAUUGGUAUAAUAAUAGGAAAGAAGAUGAUGCUAUUUAUAAAGAUUUUGAAGAAAAAUCCACUUUUACAAAACAUGAUUUUAAAAAAAAAAGUCUUGAUGAAGCUUCAAUUUGGGUAUAUGAUGAAUGA